AGCGCCGCGGCCCGGCCCAUCAGGGCGGCCCCGGCGGGCGGCGGGCGAUUCAAACGCUGACUGCCGGCGGCCAUGGCGGCGCGCGCCGCUCCGCUGCUCCCGGCCAGCCGCAGGUCCGAGCCCGCCUUCCGAGAACAAAGGCGACAAAAAGUCGAAGAAUAUUUGUCAAGAAAGAAGACUUUUUCUGGUGUGCCCAUUCAAGAAAACCAGACAUCGAUCAGCAGUAGCAGAACUAGGAGAGCAACUAGCAGUAAAGUGCAAGAAAACUUACAGCUCUCAACAUCUCCAAAGCCAGAAAUGGAAAAUAAAGAGAAUGAUGAUAAACUGUCAUGGGAUCAAUCAAGUGUUAGCUCAGAAAAAAAUGUUACUUUAAACUCUUCCACAAUCCCACUGACAAGUUACCUAUCAGGGACAAACUGGAAUCUUGAAGGUAAAGCUUCAAAGGCCAAAGCUACUGAAAUGAAAUCUCAGCAUGCAUCACUUAGUAAGGCCUUCUUGGAAAUAAAAAGAAUAAGAGAGAAGCAAUUGAUUGCGGAAAAACAAAAUGCAAGUAUCAGCCUACCAAAGAAACCAGCACUUGGCAAAUACCGUGGCAAAGUUAUCCCAUCCAAGAUAAAUUCCUUCCGAAAAACAGUAAAAACUGAGGGGGAAAAAGGUUCUUUACCAGAGAAGAAGCUUCUUCCUUCUGUCACCAAACAAGCAGCAAGUUCUAUGUCCACAAAAAGCUGUAGUGCAGUUCUGAAGAACAUCAAAGUUGCAAACAACUCUAAGUCUGUAAAAUCGAGUGGUGUCCUGCCGUUUCACAGCAAGCCAUCUGACAAAGCUGCUAUUAACGCGCCGUCUGGUCUGAAGAAACAGCAACUGACAUUUGCUGCAGCACCAAAGAAAGUAACAGUCCAAAAACUGGCUGGUGGAAGGGGACCACAGCCACCAAAGGUUGCUUCUAGCAAUCCUGACCACAAAGUGCGAGGUGUGAAGAAAUGUGCAGAUUUUUGUGAAGCUGCAAGACCAGAAGCUCCAGCAAAACCAGUUUCUGUUGCUCCUGGUACAAAACCAGGACAGAAUUCUAAAACUAAUGGCCACAGAAACUCUAUUCUGCCAAAAGAGUCAGCAGAAGAGAGAAGAGCUCGCCUGGAAGAUUGGAGGGCAUCUAGAGGAAAAGUGAUGAGACGGCCUCCUGCAUUUGCGCUUCUUGGACCCCAGUCUAAAAGUGAAGAACAAGAAUACUCUUCUGAUGCUUUAAAGCACAUAUUACAUAGUGAAAAGGUCAACAAGACUCUCAGUGAAUGCCUGCAGUUAACAGCACAGGGAUGUCAAGGUGAUGAAGUACAUGCCAUGUUGGAAGAUCUCGCACUGAGCAUUCCUGCGGUUAAAAAGCUUGCAAAAUAUUGGAUCUGCUGUAUGCAUCUUGAACAGAGGGGCUCUCUUGAAAAGCUUAUUGCUGUCUAUGAGGAGGCCAUUUUGGCAGGAGCAAUGCCUAAAGAGGAACUACGACACACACUAAUAGAUACUAUGAAAAAUAAUGAAAGCCUUUUUAAGUCUGAGAAUGGGAGAACUAUGAUAGAAGCUCAUUUAAGUGAGUUAGUGGAAGUCAGCAAGGAACCAAAUUCAUCCGUAGAGCCAGUUCAGGAAACCUUCAAGGAUUUCUGCUCUGAUGAUGUCCAAAAAGCAGAGAGUGAUAACAAGAAGGCAGAGGCAAGCAGUGAAGCUGUCCAGAAAGAAGAAACUGAUUUAGAUUUAAAACCAAGGGAACAGAUCUUGCCAAAAAAGAAUAAAAAGCACAAGGGUAAAGAACGUUCAAAAAAGAAAGCAAAAUGCGAAACAGAACAGCGUGAGGAUGGGAUAAAAGAUAAGGCCCAAGCAGUUAAUUCUCCUGAGAAGGGGAAUGACACAUCUUGUUCAAUGAAAAACGAUCCUCCUACCACGCCAUACUUGGAAAGGUAAGAUUACUUCAGAUAACUAUGGAAAG